AUGUUCAAUCCAGAUUUAUAUCCAACAAUAACACCACCUAUAAAUGAUACAUCUAGAUUACAAACCGAAUUUACUGUAGAACCUAUGAAUGUACUUCCAUAUGAUAUUACUCCUAAUUCAUCAGUAUUUACUAAGAAAUGGCGUAUUUUUUUUGCACGACGUUUAAGUCAUAAUAUGAGCACUACAAAAUCAUUAGUCAAUACGGAUUAUCCAUUAUCAAUUAUGAAUCGAUUUAUUAAUAAUAAUAAUGAUUCUAUUGAAAAGAAUAGGUCAAACCAUUUCAUAGAAAUGA